UUGAACAGCGCCAUUCUUUCCUCUUCAUUUUGUCUCUUGAAUCCACACUCGCUCUGAAAAAUGCCUCGUGCGACAUCCGACCGCUUCAACAGGGCGCAUCAGUCUUCCGCAAAAGCUAAAGGCUCUGAGUCUUCAAGCUCUGGCUCCGGAGUGCACAAUCCGAUCUUCAACACUGAAAGAUUCGGCCAACAUAUCCUGAAGAAUCCACAGACGGCCCAGACAAUAGUUGAUACGGCAAAUCUGCGGCCUACGGACAACGUACUCGAGGUCGGUCCCGGUACUGGAAAUCUGACAGUGAGAAUACUGGAGAAGGCGAAGCAUGUGACGGUGGUGGAGAUGGACCCUCGCAUGGCUGCUGAGCUCACGAAGCGAGUACAGGGAAAACCAGAGCAACGCAAGUUGGACGUCAUGAUAGGUGACUUCGUGAAAGCGACAUUGCCGUACUUCGACGUCUGCAUAUCGAACACGCCUUACCAGAUAUCCUCGCCACUCGUGUUUCGCCUUCUCUCCCACCGCCCGCUCUUCCGCACCGCCAUCCUCAUGUUCCAGCGCGAGUUCGCCCUCCGUCUGGUCGCACGCCCAGAUACAGAGCUAUGGUCGCGGCUCUCCGCGAACGUGCAAUUGUACGCCAAGGUCGACCUCGUCAUGAACGUCAGCAAGAACAACUUCCGCCCACCACCGAAGGUCGAGAGCAGCGUCGUCCGGCUCGUUCCGCGCGACCCACCGCCGCCAGUGGAGUUUGGCGAGUUCGAUGGGCUGACUAGGAUCGUGUUUGGGAGGAGGAACAAGGUGGUGCAUGCGAACUUCCAGGCCAAGGGCGUUAUGGAGAUGCUGGAGCGUAAUUGGAAUACUUGGGCCUCGAUGAAUGAUGUAAAAAUUGAAGAUAAUGUCAAUAUCAAACAAAAAGUGGAGGAGGUUCUUGACGAGACAAGGUUCAAGGACAGCCGUGCUGCAAAGAUGGACAUUGAUGAUCUGCUGAAAUUGCUUUCCGCAUUCCAUGAUGCGGGCAUUCACUUUGCAUGACGUACCUCGCGUAGUCUUAACGUGGCUCGUUUGGUCAUUAUGAAUCCGGACUCAGAUGAUGGUAUGUGCUGUAGAUCUAUAUCCCAAAAAUACACUACUGUACAUAUAAAUGCAUACAGUGGCUGUUCAAACGUUCAUGAGCCGACCACUGUCUUCAGCGAUCCAUAGACAUACACCUCAUAUACGCUCUUCUGCACAGCGUUCUCUUGCCGAAUGCCUCGAUCGCUCCUGCCAGGGUAUGGAUUGGCAGGCACGGCACUUC